AUGCGGACGAGCUUUCACUAUCAAGGCGUGCAAUACGCCGCCAAACCCGGCGCCGUAACCUGCACAACGCAGUUAUACCAUGUGCUACGUCAUGACAAGCUGCUACCGGACGACUUGAUAUGGGAUGACCUCGAGAAGUUCUGGAAGUCGCAGGGCGACGGGGCCUUCUUCGUCGGCGACCCGCCCACAGACCGCGCGGGUUAUUUCAAGAACUACUCCUUGAGUGUCGGCACCUCCGUCACCAACUGGGCACCGAACAAGAGAAGCAAGACCAUUACAGUGAACGAAGCAAACCGGCGAAACCUGAAGUCCAAUGGGUGGGUGUCCCUGAGCAUGGGCAACCGCCUCAUUCCGACCGGGGCGCGGGCACCGCUUUCAUCGCUCGCGAUCGAGGGGGUUCUGGAUGCUGGCCGCCGGCACAGAUACCUGGAUGGCAAGGGCAAGAUCCGUCUCGGGAUGAAAGACAAGGCACAGCUACGUAACUCAAUCAGUUUGUCACCAGCUGCACUCAUCCGUAGACUGGCUGACGACAUACACUCCGAGGUGCCCGACAUCAAGUUCAACUACUUCGCCAUGCACAGCUCCUGCUGGGAUCUGCUCCGCAAGAUGAAGGAAGAAUUCACGAGAGUCGACCCUAAGGACCUCCACUGCCAGGCAAGCCCCACACGGAAGGUCAAGGCGUCGACGUUCCUUCUCAAUGCAUCCACAAAAGUCGUGACGGAUUUUCUCGAAUCCGGACGCGGGCACGUAAUCAAGGAUGCUGCAUCGAAGAAGGUUACCGCUGGGGAGGUGCGCCGAAUCGUGUACAUGGGCGAUGAUGGGUGGGGACUGGACAACCUCAUGAAGCAGCUCAAGCUCAAUAAGGCGCCCGGUGUCGAGGAGGAAUGUCGCAUGCAGUAG